UGUGUGUUUGUGUGUGUGUGUGUGAGGUAGUAAGAGAGAAGAGAAAAUGGUGGCAGCUAUUGCUGCUCUUCCAAAGCCAGGACCUCUUCAGAAAUCUUUAAUCUGUGAUGGUUUCUCAAAAAGAUUCAAUUUUGAGCAGGUAUCAGAGAGAAAAAAGAGAAAUUUCAACAGUUUGGUGGUGGCAUCAGGAAGUAAAAGCAGUAGUAAAGGUGGCAGUGAGAGGUUUUACCUUAACUUCACUGGUUUUCCAUUCCCUCUUGGUCCAUUCCUCAAUAGAAUCACUAUAAGGACUGAGGUUGUGAAAAAUAGCAUAUGGCUCUUUGAACAAGAACAAGCAUUGGGAUUUAGCAGUGUUUCCACAAAUAUCAGAAUGACAGUAAUAAAGCUGAAAUCCGGAGGUUUAUGGGUUCAUGCACCAAUUGCUCCAACAAAGGAAUGCAUUCAGCUUGUGAAAGAACUGAAUGCUCCUGUUGAGUACAUUGUCCUACCAACCUUUGCAUAUGAACAUAAGAUCUUUGUUGGGCCUUUUUCAAGAAAGUUUCCCAAAGCACAAAUCUGGGUUGCUCAGAGGCAGUGGAGUUGGCCGAUAAAUUUACCGCUCGAGUUCUUUGGUAUCUUUCGCGCCAAAGCUUUGGUUGAUGAGGAUGAAUCAACCCCGUGGUUUGAUGAGAUCGAACAAAAGGUUCUUAGUGCACCAGAAGUUGGAAUUGGACCAUAUGUAGAGGUUGCAUUUUAUCACAAGCGGUCACAAACAUUGAUGGUAACCGAUGCCGUGAUUUUUGUUCCAAGGCAACCGCCGGAGUGCAUUAGUAAAGAAUCUUUACUAGCUUCGGCGAAGAAUGGUUUAGCAGUGAAGCUCCUCAGUAAAGGAAAGGAGGUACCUGAAGAACCAGUGGUUGACAAUAAGUCAAACCGACAAAAAGGGUGGGAGAGAAUGGUUCUUCAAAUCCUGUUUUUAGGCCCUUCAAAUCUUUUGGAACCCACUGCUAGUUUUGCUCAAAUGUCGCAGAAAUUGAUUGUUUCCCCAAUUGUGAAGACAUUAGUUUUCAGCAAAGUUCCUGAAAAGGUUCAAGAUUGGAUCGAUAGAAUUACGAGCGAUUGGCGUUUCAAGAGAAUAAUUCCUGCACACUUUGCAGCUCCAAUCAAUGCAAGCAGAUCGGAAUUCUUAGCUGCAUUUGGUUUCCUCGACGAGCUCUUAGGCGAGCAAUACAUCACAAGGCCUUCUUUAUCUCUACUUUUCGCUUCGCUAAUGGGAAAAGCAGCAAGUUACUUCCCUCCAGAUGAUAUGAAGACAUUGUCAUCACUUGAUGAAUUCUUGGUUUCAGCUGGUGUAGUGAAAAAGACAGUGUCAGGGAGAAAACGGUGAAAAUACGAAAACUGCUCAUGUAAAUAUAUCAUCAAUUUAGGAAGUCGGUAAAAAAUACAAGAUCAUCUGAAUAACUGUUAUGCUGCACAUACUUUACAAAGUGAAGCAAAGAUGAUCUAUAUAAUUUUGGAUUUGGUUUCAGUUUUGUUUUUGCUUGAAAAAUUGUAAAUAUUCAUGAACAGAAAAUACGAAAAAUAGUUACAAAACUGUUUUGCAUUGUAAAUUCA